GAAAGUUUCUAUAAUUUAUUUCCAAAUACAAAACUUUCUGUCAGAAUGUAAUUUCUCCAUAUAGGAUGUUAUAGCUUUUUUAUUUUUUUUUUGUAAUGCAGACAUUAAGAAAAAAAAUUAGUUUAUCUAGCUUAGGCAUUAUUAUUUUUGUAUUAUUCUGAACCUCAUCGAAGCACGAUUAAUCAAAAGUGCAAGUACAUUUUUGUGUUUGAAAUUCGAGUCGUUAAAAGAAACGUAGGGCCAUUUCAUCGGAAUUAAUUCCGAUUAAUUGUAUAAGAUUUAUUCGAAUUUUAAGUAACACAAAACAAAAUGUAGCAUAAAAAUAACCAUUUAUUUGAUUUUCUAUGCAUAAAAUGACUGUGGAAGCUUGUUUUAUGAUGAAUUAAACUGACAAUAGUCAAACCAGGAAGUAAAUCGAAGUUAAUCUUGCAAUAUCAAAACAUUUAAAGACUGUUGAAGUUCGAUUCCUUUUAUAUUUUGUUUCUGGUCCCGCUGCGUAGUCAAUUUCUUCAAAAAAUCUUUGUUGUAGAUAAAAUUUGUAAAGCAGUAGUUUUGAAUCAAAGCGGUGAAUGGACGUUUUUUGUUAUUUUCAUUAUCUAUUUCGUGAACCGGCGAUUGAGGCAACUGAAUUUUCUUAAUUCGCGUAACCCAAGUUAUCGUUAUUUCAAAGUAUAUGAAAGUCGAUGUUGGGGCUUAUGGAUGGGCCUAUGGAUCUUGUUAAGUCUGGGUAACUGGAAAAUAUGAAUGGGAUAUGGCAAAACCUCAGUUGAUAAUUCAAAUGAUCUUCAUGCCAACAGAUGAUAUGUAUUGAUAAUGAAAUAGCUUCUACCGGGUGGAAGAUAAAUUAGAUGUACAUAAGUAAUGGACUUGAUCAUACCAAGCUUGGAGUAAGCUGUCACCUUCUGGCUCUUAUAAAUCGAUAUUCAAAUUAUAUUUAUUCAAUUGAGUGGUUUAGAGAAGACAAAAACAAAAAAAAAUGACAACCAAGAGGAAAAGAAACGAUCUGUCAAUCGCUGACCAGUAUGAAGCAGUUAUUCUACUGGGGCAGAAGAUGUCCCAAACAGAAGUGGCAAAGAAACUGGGAUGUUCACAAUCCCAGAUAUCCAGACUGACCGCAAAGAAAGAAGAAAUUAUAGCAAACUAUCGAUCUAAUGCCAAUCCAAAGAGAAAAAGGCAAAGAUCUGGAAAAGAUGCUGAUGUAGAGGGGGCAUUAUCUCAAUGGUUCAACAAUGCCAAGUCCAGAGGCAUUCCUUUAUCAGGACCUAUUCUGUCGGAAAAGGCCAAAGAUUUAGCAGAGCAUCUAAACAGAGCAGAGUUCAAUCCUACAAGUGGAUGGUUAUCUCGAUGGAAAGUAAGACAUAACAUCAGAUUCAAAAAGCUUAAUUGUGAGAAGAAAGAUGCAGUUGAUAACUGGACACGUACAGUAUUACCUGAGAUUCUACAGACUUAUAAUCCCGAUGACAUCUACAUUGCAGGUGAAACUGGAUUGUUCUACAGAGCCCUUCCAGAUGUUACGCUUACCUCCAAGACAGAGACAAAGAGCAGAACCAAAAAUUACAAAGAUAGAGUUACAAUUAUGGGGGCAUCCAAUAUGUCAGGAAAUGACAAAAGAAAAUUAUUAGUGAUUGGCAAAAAUAAAGACCCCAGAAGCCUCAAUGGGAAAACACUUCCGGUGACCUACAAACACAGUAAAAACGCUUUGAUGACUGUAGAGAUAUUUACUACAUGGCUGAGAGAAUUUGACAGAGAGCUGACUCGAAAGAAAAGAAAAAUUGUAUUACUUGUUGAUAGUUGUACUGCCCACCCAGCAAUUACAAAUCUCAAACAAGUCAAACUGAUGUUUUUUCCAUCAAAAAUAAUAAAAGUAAAACAACCAUGCAACCAAGGCAUUAUAAAAGCUUUGAAAUCACUAUAUAGAAGUGCCUUGGUCAGAAAUCUUAUUCUUGACAUUAAUGGUCAUCCAGAGAUUAAAGCAAAUGCCAAGAAAAUCACAUUAUUGGAUGCUUUUCAUUUAAUUGCAAAAUCAUGGAACAAUUUGAAGACUUCUACAAUAAUCAGUUGUUUCCAGAAAGCUGGUUUUACAUGUGUUGACACUCCACCUGCUGAAGAAGAUGUGGUAGUCCCUCCUACUAUGUUGACAAAAGAGCAGUUUGAAGAGUAUGUAGCCCAAGAUGAUGAUCUGGAGUGUUACAGUAUCCCAACAUAUGAAGAACUGGUUGCCUCAUUCAUGAAUGAUGAUGCAAAAUCAACAGAUAGUAACAACAGCAAUGAUGAAGAUGAUAAAGAUGUGAUGCUACCUGUCUCUACAACAGAUGUUGGACUUGCUCUGUCAACGGUGAGAAGAUUCUUAGAAGAGAACAAUUGUGAAAAUUUUGACAGUUUUUAUGCUGUUGAAGACUUAUGCGAAUCCAUAGCCGCUCAAAAUCAUAGACAGUCAAAGAUCACAGAAGUUAUCACCUGGAUACCAUAAUGAUGACAUUUAAAACCUCAUACUUGUGCAAAUUACAAAUUUAUUUUAAUUAAUCACUUGUUGAGUCUUGUACAGGAAAUGGAUUAAGACAUGGAUACUUGAACAAAUGAAAGUAACAUUCUACCUCCAGAAAACAUAAGAAAUAAUUAAUUUAUUAGUUUCUUGUUAAAGAAAGUUGUUGUAGAUCGGUUAAAUAUAUCAUUCGAAGGGUAACAAGGUUGAUCUAUAAUAAUUUUCUAAUACAUUAAACAAAUAAAUAUUAUUUCCCAUUGCUUCAGAAAUAACACAAAAUAUGCUGUUGUGGGAAGCACGUUGAAAGUGUGAUGAAAGAUGUUCCAGAUGAGGACAAAUGUAAAUGUGAGGUUCACAACCCUAAAUCAUGUUCAGCAAUUUGAAAAUAAGUUUAUUCCUUCAGUUUAUCAACUGAAAAUGCAGUAGCAUGAAUAUUUUGUUAUCUCUAUUUUCAUCAACCAUGAAUCAUUAAAAGUGUUAAACAAUGUC